AUGUGCGUACCAUCUCCGAGAAUAACAUUCAUGCGUGAAGGAUUGGAGACGAAACUGCUGAGUGCUGAACUUCUCUCCACAUUGAUUCGCAAGAGCAUCGUGAUAUUACGGAAUCGUCAAGGGGCGCCUCCACCCCUUAGCGUUCUUACUCUUCAUCUAACCAAUUAUACUGAGUCGAAACCUAGCGUUAGCUUCAAUGGGGUCACCACCUUCGAAAUCGAGAGCGGAUCACGAUACUAUCGCGUCUACCUAGUGAAGGAUGAGCGAGAAGAAAAUCUGAGGUUGCCGGAAGCAGCAAAAUUGGCUGCGUUCUUCAAUUCGAAAUUCUUUCACGAGACCGUCAUUGCAAACAGUCUGCCGAUCCCUUGUGGUCGAUUCGAGCAAUCGUUCAGGAUUGAUGAUCAGAACGUCUCCUAUCUAGUAUUCGUGACGACUUUUGUAAGAGGACGGCGAGUGAGAGAACUCUCCGAGAAUGAACUCUGUUUAAUAGCAGAGAAAUUAGGCUCUAUACACGCCAUCACCAGCUCAACCAUGGCAGCAGAGUUUGUACGAGUUAUCGAGGAGAAUCAUGCCAAUAUUAGCACUUAUCAAAAUUCGCUAGAACAUCAUCUACUGCGGAUAAUGGAAGAUGCCGUAGAAGGAGAGUUGGCUCACUACUUUUCCUUACCACAUGAAGUGAUGCCACGGCUUCAAGCUGUGACAGCCAACGACCAUAUGGAUAUGUCCCGUGUGCCAACUGAUCGGGUCAUCUGCCACGGUCGUCUUACCGCUGAUAAUUGCGUCUUUAGGGACGGUAAUCCAGCACUUUUGGUGGACAUUACUGAAUGGGAGAACGUACAUUUUGGAGAUGUAGCUUUUGAUCUUUCCCAUCUUAUAAUCACAUCAGCUGAGCCAAGUGUGAGAAGGAAUAAGUAUAUGACCAUAUUUCGUAGUUACUACUACUCGCGAGUUGAUCAAAGGAAAACGAACUUCCAGUUGUCUGAUCUUAAACGGCUAUUCCGGAUGCAUCACAGACAAGCUGUAUUACUUGGGAUCGAACCUCUCUUGGAAAUGCUAACAUCAUCAGAAGCUGAUGCUGUGAAAAGGGAGCACUCGUACAGAUGGGAGAGUGCACUCGAAGAUGCCUUUGAGUUUGCCACUCAGGAUCAUAUGAGUGAUGAAGAACAGUGCCUUUUUGCCAAAUAAAUACAACGAUUUAAAGUUUCAUGACAUUUUAAUUGAUCAUUGGUUAUGAACGGAAAUGAAGAGAACGUGAUUAAAAAAAAA